AUGUUGGCCAGUUUUCUAUCUAAAAGGAUUACGAUACUCAUCAUUGUUAUCUUCGUUUUGUAUCUUACUCUUCGAGACCAGUUAUGGUCUUUAGAAACUCCUGUCUUUCUCCAGGAGCCCUUCUCUAGCUUCACCAUCAGUACCACUUAUACUACUUCCAAUAAACCGAACGAUCUCACAAAUCUCAAUGUCUCAAUCCAUACCACCGAUAUUACAAUAAAUCCCACGACAGAUGAAAUAAGAAUAUCAGAUAUAGUCCACAGGCUACAUGAAGCCGCACCACCAAAACUUACCGAAAGUGCCGCAUGUGUAGGCCGAACCCUUGGAAUUGAAGAAGUCACAAAUAGUACAGAGCGUCGAGAUGUCACACCAGUAUCCGACGAACAAGUUGAAGCCGCAAGACUCGCACAUGAAUCUGCGGUAGAAAUAAUACGAAAUUCGACUCACCUAAUUCCAUAUAAAUCUGGUACCAAAGGAAUCGUAACUGUAGCAGGUGGGAGAUUCACCGGCGCAUUACUCGUCUCGCUGCGCAUGCUUCGCCGAACAAAUUCUACAUUACCAGUGGAAGUCUUCAUGCCGAAUCCAGAGGACUACAAUGAACAAACCUGUGAAGUAGUGUUACCAUCACUUAAUGCGCGCUGUGUUAUGAUUCCAAAAUACGAAGGCCUCACUAUUUCCAAAUAUCAAUAUAAGAUAUUUGCAGUUCUUCUGAGUAAAUUUGAGGACGUGUUGUUUUUGGAUGCGGAUAACUUCCCAAUUGUGGACCCGGUUGAGUGGCUUGAAGCACCGGUUUUCAAACAGAAUGGCUAUGUUCUGUGGCCCGACUUCUGGUGGGCGACCACAUCUCCCCACUACUUCCAAGUCCUUGGAGUUCCCACUCCUUCUCUUCUCUCCCUCGGCACCACCGAAUCUGGUCAAGUAAUCAUGUCCAAACGUACACAUAGCGAUGUCCUCCUUCUAGUCCUCUACUACAAUAUUUUCGGUCCCUCAUUCUAUUACCCACUGUUAACGCAAUGCGAUGCCGGCGAGGGUGAUAAGGAAACCUGGUUAUAUGCCGCUAUUGCCCUCGAAAGGAACUACUAUCAAGUAAGACAGCGAAAUGGAAUCAUCGGACAUCAUACCGCCGGCGGAUUUAAAAGCUCAAGUAUGAUGCAACAUAAUCCCAGCGAUGAUUAUUCUGAAUACCUUCGAGAAGAAACGGAGCAGAAAGAGCAUCCAGUUUUCAGAAAAGAUAAGGAUGCCGAGGUUGUGUUUAUGCAUCACAAUCUUAUUAAACUAUCACCGGUUGAAAUGAUCGAUUGGAUAGCUAAAAACAAAGGAAGUAGAAUGUGGGGAAAGAAGGAAAGUACGAUGAAGACCUUCAAAGGACAUGAUCUAGAAAAGACAGUUUGGGAGGAAGUUCUCUGGGUGGGUUGUCAGUAUGGAGAAAGUUUGCUCAAUUGGACUGAGGAGGUUUGUGAGGGACUAAUGGGACACUGGGGAGGUAUUGUGGCAAGGGAGGCGGAAGAGGAAAUUCGAAAGAUGUUUGGAGUCAAUAAACAGGCGGCGACAAAGGAAAAAAAGGGAGAGUAA